AUGACGACGCUUGUGGCUAUUCGAACAUUGCCGCUUGACCUGAGCAUGAGCAAACAACCCGACCGCCGGACAGGCAAGCGUCUAGCUGGUGAGCAGUCUCCAGCGCGACGCGUGGCCACGACGACGGUGAUGCUAACUAGGGAGGACGCAGCAGCCGCAGAGGAUUUGGAAGAUGACGACGGCUUUGUGUUUACGCGCAAGGCGAAGAAGCAAAGGACGGACGAGGUGGCGGCGGCAGCGGCCGCGCCGCCCGUGAGACGGUCGCCGCGGAACAAGCCCGUGGCUACGGAGAGCGGCACGACGACGACAACGACAACGACGCAUAAGAAGCCGAUGGCCGCGCCGUCGCCCUCGCGCGAUGCGGACCGCAGAAGGAGGGAAGCCAAAGCCGCCCGCGCCACCACCGCCGCCGACGACCGUAAGCCGAGCCGACGCGACGGCAACGCCAACAAAGAUGCAGAGCCCUCUAGAGACAGCCUACCAUCACCACCGCGCGGCACGACGACGAUUGCGCUGCCCACGAGCGACACGCCCGUGAUAGACCGCAACAAGGCGAUGCGCAAAAAGGCCGCCGAGGGCGAUGGCGGUGCCGGCGCCUCACCGCGGUCGUUGUCGAGCGGUAGCAACGGCAGCAAUGGCAGCAAGAAUCACAGGCGCAGCUCGCUGGGGACGCGCGGCCGCCGCGCGAGCACGCUGAUUGAGAGCGGGCAGACGGCGCUGCCGCACCGCGACCUGGACGCGCAGGACUUUUACAAGCACAUCGCGUCCGAGGGGCUGCCAGAACCGCUACGGAUGAAGCAGCUGUUGACGUGGUGUGGCGAGAGAGCGCUGCCGGCGAAACCAAAGCAGGGCGUGCCUAGCACGGAUCCUUCACUAGGAGCGCGUGCGAUUCUGGACGAGUUACUCAAAGAGUUUUCGACGAGGCCGGAAUUUACGAAUUGGCUGGCAAGGGAUGAGAGUGUGGCGCCGGCGGCAAGGGUGCUGCGGCCGAAUCCACGAAAUAUAGAGCUCGACAAGAAGAGGGCUUCCUUGGAAGCGCGAAUACAAAGCCCCAACUAUCCCCCCCCCUCGCCGUCCUCCUCCCCUGCGCUCCCCGCCAUCGACCUGCUCGACGCCGACGAGGGGCGUAUUCACCGGUACCUCGCCGCGGAGCUAGCGCCCGCGGCGCAGGCACGCGCGCAGGCCCUGACCCGCCUGCAGGCCGUGCAGGCGACGCUCGAGUGGGAGGCGGACCAGCUCGCCGACGGCGUGCACAAGCUGGCGCAGCGCGUGCGCGUGGCCGGGCGGCAGGCCGACGCGGUGCUGCGCGCCGCCGCCGCGCGCUUGAAGCGCAGGGAGGACAGGGAGAGGACCGCCGCGGGCACAAAGGAGAUGCCGCUGAUGGAGGUCCUCCGGAGCCUAGGCCGUUUAUUGCCCGAACGAGGUGGCGGUCCCGACGUAUAG